AAUAUACUAAAGCUUGACAUAAUUGUACCUCAGUUAGAUUAAGUGACUGAGAUAACAUAAAGCUGUUUUCUUCUCUUAUCCUUGUUGCAAUUUUGUGUGUGUGUUGUAAGCCAUACUAUUCUGCUGAUUAUUUUAAGGUGCCAGUGAUGAUGCUGUUAGCUGCGCAGUGAUGCUUGAAAUACUUAAUACACUUUCAAAAUCAUCAGAGCCCCUGCAGCAUGCUGUCAUAUUCUUAUUUAAUGGUGCAGAAGAAAAUAUUUUGCAGGCUAGUCACGGCUUCAUUACACAACAUGAGUGGGCCAAGUCAAUUAGAGCUUUUAUUAACCUGGAGGCAGCAGGUGUAGGAGGAAAAGAACUUGUUUUUCAAACAGGACCUGAGAAUCCUUGGUUGGUACAAGCAUACGUAGUUGCAGCCAAACAUCCCUUUGCCUCUGUGGUGGCACAGGAAAUAUUUCAGAGUGGUAUUAUCCCAGCAGAUACAGACUUCCGUAUCUACAGGGACUUUGGCAAUGUUCCAGGAAUAGAUUUGGCUUUUAUUGAAAAUGGCUACAUCUAUCAUACAGAAUAUGACACAUCAGACAGAAUUUUAACAGAUUCCAUUCAGAGAGCAGGUGACAAUAUUCUAGCUGUCCUAAAAUACCUAGCAACAUCAGAUAAGUUGGCUAAAUCUUAUGAGUAUCGACAUGGAAAUGUUGUGUUCUUUGAUGUACUUGGUUUAUUUGUCCUCGCUUAUCCUGCUCGUGUUGGCACCAUCAUGAACUAUAUUACAGCAGCAAUUGCUUUUCUUUAUCUAAGCAAGAAAGUAUUACAGCCCAAAACCAGAGCUAUUCAUAACCUGAAGAAAUUCUUUACUGCGUUUGGCUUAACACUGAUGAGUUGGGUCUGCACACUGGUGACAGUCCUUAUAGUAGCAGUGUUCGUCUCUGUCAUUGGGCGGUCUCUUUCUUGGUACACCCAUUUCUAUGUUUCUGUGUUUCUGUAUGGUACCGCAGCUGCCGCUAAGCUCAUUCUUGUGCAUACACUAGCCAAGAAGUUCUUCUACAAGAAUAUGAAUGAGCAGUACCUGGGAGAUAUUUUUUUUGAUGCUUCAUUGAUGAUUUGGUCUAUAGCAUUGACUGUGAUUACCCAGAUGGGCCUUUGUUCAGCAUUCAUUUGUACGUUAUGGGUAGCAUUUCCUUUACUCGCUAAGCUGAUGAUCCAUAAAGAGUUCAGCCAAAAAGGUGCCACAGUGAAGUUUGUCAUGAUGUACAUGCUGGGAAUGUUUGUUCCCUAUCUGUAUAUGAUGUAUCUUAGUUGGACUGUAUUUGAAAUGUUUACACCUAUCAUGGGACGAAGUGGUUCAGAAAUUCUACCAGAUGUGGUGUUGGCAGGAUUUAUUGUGGUCAUCACUAUGAUUCUGUCAUCCUAUUUUAUUAACUUCAUUUACCUUGUCAAAAGUACAAAAACGACGCUAAUAACUUUAACUACUGUGUUUGUAGUCACUCUGAUUCUCGUUUGUAGUGGAAUCUUCUUUCCUUACAGUUCUGAUGCAGAUAAUCCAAAGCCUAAGCGUGUCUUUCUCCAGCACACAAGCAGAAGAUUUCAUGAUCUAGAUGGAAAUGUGGUUAAAAGUGACUCUGGUAUAUGGAUUAAUGGAUUUGAUUAUAAUGGAAUAUCUCACAUAACUCCCCAUGUACCUGAAAUCAAUGACACCAUUAGAACUCCAUGCGAGGAGCAGGCUCCUUUCUGUGGCCUUCCUUGGAUUCUGCCAGUGCAUUUCAUGUUCCGGAAAAACUGGUAUCUUCCUGCUCCAGAAAUUUUUCCAAGAAGCCCCAUUCACUUUAAAGUUCUGUCCAAGGAGCUGAUGCCCUGGAACUCUGUGAGGUUAAGCUUUGAAGUAUCUGGUCCAAGUCACAUGUCCCUGUACGUUCGGCCACAUGAAGGGUCGGCUCUGUCCACCUGGUCUCUUGGGGAUGGUAUGCCGGUUGCUAGCUUAGGAGGAGACUACUUUGUGUUUUACUCCCGCGGGCUGCAGGCUACACCGUGGCACUUCUGGGUUGAACUGACGGCCCCAGAAAAGCAUUCAGAUGGAAUAGUCUCCCUCGCCAUAGCAGCACAUUACUUUUUUGGGGAAGAUCAAAAGUCGCCUCAACUCUGUGCCUUACUGGAGAGGUUUCCAAACUGGACGUUUUCUUCUGGUUGGUCCUGCACUUACGACCUUUUUGUCUUCUAAUGUUGACAGUAAUGCAGCACUAAUAGGGUAAACUCUUUGGCGCAGAAUGCUGUUGUAGCAAACACAUUCUAACAAGAUGCCAGAGACUUUCACAAGAUUUUAAAGUACUUCGGCAACAAAUGGUGUUUCUUUGGCAGUUUGACU